AUGGGCGGCAUGGGAGUCAUACACGCUGAUAACAAUUUUGUGAUCUACCACGAGAACCACACGAUGACCCUCAAUCUACUCUCUGCAUCGGUAUCAUCAGGCAUUCAGCGAUUCCUCUACGCUUCUUCUGCGUGCGUAUACCCCGAUGCCCUCCAAGGACAAGGGAAUACGGACGUCUCACUCAGAGAGACUGACGUGUACGCUCAGCUUCCGCCGUGUCCUCAAGGCUUGUACGGCCUCGAGAAGCUGCACACUGAGCAGGUACUGCAUCAGUACGCCGAGCGGAUGGAGGUCAGGAUUGCCCGAUUUCACAAUAUCUAUGGGCCUGGCGGCUCGUGGAAGGACGGGCGCGAGAAAGCACCCGCAGCAUUGCUCCGCAAGAUGGUCGCUGCAAAGCUCGCGGACGAGCCGAGCCCAGCAAUCGAGAUCUGGGGCGAUGGUCAGCAGCGACGAAGCUUUUGCUUCAUCGAUGACGCCCCGGUCGGGGUGGGUUCGCGGAACUCGAACAACGAUUUCGUUCGGCGAGUGUUGCAAUGGACCCCUGCCACAUCCCUCGAAGAUGGCAUGCUUCAGACAGGCCGCUGGAUCUUGGGGGAAACUAAAAAAUUACUCUCAGGCGCGGACAGUGCGGAGCGUGCAGACACGCUUCGCCGACUGCAGACCAGCGGUCUCGUAGACUUGCGUUCACAUGCGCUCAUGUUCGCAAUACUUCUUCCCAUCACGUCUCGUGGCACUGCCGACCCCAGCGAAUGUCUCAAGCACCUUGCAACCUUUGCGCGGUCCCUCGCUUCCACUACAGCAUAUGAUGUCGGACAUUCUGGAAGACGCUACGGUUUCCGAAUCUAUCUCGCCAUCGACAGCGACGACGCCUUCCUGCUCGAGCAGAGCGGACCCAACAAACCUGAGCAGGUGCUACGGGCUGAAGGGAUCCUCCAGAUCGACACCAUCGUUUGUAAUCACCCACGGGGCCAUGUCUGCUCUAUCUGGCGCGACUGUGCCCGAAAAGCGUGGCUCGAUGGAUGCCAGUAUUUUGUUCUGAUGGGCGACGACGUCGUCCUACAAGACAUGAACUGGAUGUCGGCCAUCCACAACGCCUUCACCGAACUUGCCGUUCAAGAGAGCGUCCCCGAAGGUUUCGGCUGCGUUGCCUUCACCGACACGUCUUUUCCCGGUAUGCCGACGUUUCCGGUCGUCCAUCACACGCAUAUGGAGAUAUUUGGUGGCGAGGUCAUCCCAGGUUCAUUUGUCAACCAGGACGGCGACCCAUUCCUCUUCCAAUUAUAUCGCCGGUGGAAUUGUUCGCGGAUGAUACCUUUGCGAAUCUCCAAUAUUCUGGGCGGUAGUAAGGCAGCUCGAUACGUAAAGGUGUCGGCGCCCGACUGGACGUUCCGCCCGCUGGGAAACGCGACAGAGACGGUCGAAAAUUGGCUUCGUCUGCGCCGGCCACAUAUCGCUCGAAGGCUCACGCUUGACGUGAUCGUCCCUUGCUACAGGGUUGACUUGUCCUACCUGCGCAGAUUCCUCGAGCUCCAGCCGUCUCCUACAUGCACUGUCAUGUAUAUCAUCAUCAUCGAUGACCCGCAGUCGCCCAACAUCAAGGAGCUGCUGAGCGAAUAUUCUCACCGUCCUGACGUCCGCAUCAGGAUCAAUAGGGUCAACUCCGGCGCUUCGGCAUCGCGCAAUAGAGGCCUUCGAGAGUCUUCUGCAGAGUGGGUGAUUUUUCUCGACGACGAUGUCACUCCGAACAAAGACGUCUUGAUCGAAACUGAGAAAGCCAUCCGCGCAAACCCGGACGCUGCUGGUUUCGUCGGGACUGCUUUGUUCCCUCCUGCUGAUACAAUCGCGACCGCCGCCAUCCAUCUCGCUGGCGUCACAUAUUUUUGGGACAUAGCUAGAAAGCGUGCGGACGACGACGAUCUGCCCUGGGGCGUUACUGCCAACCUCAUUACGCGUCGCAAUGUCGAGGAUCAUGUAGAAUACGACCUCGUGUUUCCGAAAACCGGGGGCGGGGAAGACAUCGACUAUUGCCGCAGGAAGAGGAACUAUUCGAUGAGGCACGGGGGAAAAGGAUUUUGCGCGGCGCCGCGCGUCGUUGUGACACACCCCUGGUGGAACAACGGCAAGAGGUCAUACUGGCGAUUCUACAUGUGGAGCAAAGGCGACGGCGCGCUUAUCGGCCUAUAUCCAGAGUUCACGUAUAGGGAGGUCGCUCCCAACAGCGCAGAGUCAAUACUAGCGUGCGUCCUCAUCAUCUUCGUGGGUUGCAUUACCGCUGUGGGCAAUAGGAUGAGCUCGCCUGGAGGGCUGGCACUAAUCUCGUUGGGAAUACGGAUGGUUUUUGCCUCUUUUACCGCCAACAUCCUGCAUGACCUCUAUCGCCACCUGUGGAGGGACGCAAACAGACUGACAGACAUAAAUAUGUCUGUCAGGGGCUUCUCACUCGUUCUGGCUGUCAUUGAGAGCACUCUCAUACGGGUCUUCAGCGAGUAUGGUCGAACCGUAGGGAUGCUCGAGAGGAAGGAGUAUAGGUUGAUUGGACGUAGCUUUGACUGGUUCACCGGUCGAGCAGGAAAUGGGCCGCGGAACGAAGAGAACCGUAACCGUCUACAGAGGGUUUCUCUUUCGGUCGUUAUCUUUGCUACAUUGCUAUCCGCGUAG